AUGUUAAAAAUCCUAAUCCCAACGAUCAUAAUAAUCCCCACAACAUGACUUACCCCUAAAAAAUGACUGUGGCUAUCUACAUUAACACACAGUCUUAUCAUUGCUCUACUCACCUUAACUUGGCUUAUUUGGCCUUCUGAGACCGCUUGGUCAAAUUUAAACGGAUUAAUAGCUACAGACCCAUUAUCAACCCCCUUACUAAUUCUCACAUGCUGACUUCUUCCACUAAUAAUCCUUGCUAGCCAAAACCACACAACUAAUGACCCCCUUAAUCGACAACGAAUGUAUAUCUCACUUCUCACAUCUUUACAAGUAUUCCUUAUUUUAGCAUUCAGUGCCACAGAAUUAAUUAUGUUUUACGUAAUAUUUGAAGCCACUUUAAUCCCAACCUUAUUAAUUAUUACCCGAUGAGGUAACCAGACAGAACGGUUAAAUGCAGGAACCUACUUCCUGUUCUAUACUUUAGCAGGAUCCCUACCACUUCUUGUUGCACUACUAAUGCUUCAAAACAAAACAGGCUCUUUAUCAAUACUAACCCUACAAUACUCUAACCCCCUAAGUCUUAUUUACUUGAGUGAUAAAGUAUGAUGGGCGGGCUGUCUAAUAGCUUUCCUUGUAAAAAUACCACUUUAUGGGGUCCAUUUAUGACUACCCAAAGCUCAUGUUGAGGCACCAAUUGCAGGAUCUAUAAUCCUUGCCGCAGUACUACUAAAAUUAGGAGGCUAUGGUAUGAUACGGUUAAUAAACAUUUUAGAGCCUUUAUCUAAACAACUAAGCUACCCUUUUAUAGUCCUAGCUUUGUGGGGGAUCAUUAUAACUGGUUUAAUUUGUUUACGACAAAAUGAUUUAAAAUCCAUUAUCGCUUAUUCUUCAGUAAGCCAUAUAGGAUUGGUUACAACAGGUAUUCUUAUUCAAACCCCAUGAGGCUUCACUGGAGCAUUGGUGUUAAUAAUCGCACAUGGACUUACCUCAUCCGCACUAUUUUGUCUAGCAAACACAAAUUAUGAACGAACACAUAGCCGAACCAUAGUUCUAGCACGAGGCCUUCAAAUAAUUCUACCCCUAAUGGCCACAUGGUGAUUCACUGCUAGUUUAGCAAACAUAGCUUUACCACCCCUACCUAAUCUAAUAGGGGAGUUAAUAAUCAUCUCAUCUUUAUUUAAUUGAUCGCCUUGAACCUUAAUUAUUACAGGACUUGGGACAUUAAUUACUGCAGCAUACUCACUAUACUUAUUCCUUACAACCCAACGGGGCCCCCUAACAAACCACCUUCUCCACAUAGAACCAUCACACUCCCGAGAACACUUAAUCAUAACACUCCAUCUAAUCCCGCUUAUUCUUUUAAUCAUAAAACCUGAGCUAUUAUGAGGUUGAGUUUUCU